GUGACAUUGGAAUUGCUUAAUGACAUAUGUUCUCUUGCGAAAACUUCACAAAGGACUACCACACUCUCGCCCCCUGGCAGCCAUACCGUACCGAACUAUCCAGCCGUAACCCCUUUAGUCUACUCCUCUCUUGAUACGAUCACAAUGUCUGAACAGUACAAGGGCCAGGACCUGAUGGAUAUUGCCAAGCAGGCUGAGCAAGAUCUUGCCUCAGACAAGCUCAAGCAUGGAGCUCAAGACGGUGGUUUUGGAGGGAAGACUGUCCAUGGAGGCAGUGUCAGCACCGUCGAAUCGGGCAUUGACCAAUCUGUUACCAAUAAAUUCCCUGGCAGCACCGCUGAAUACGGCAGCAAGGUCUCAGGAGCAGGGAACAACCGCGAAAUUCCUCCAGAGGAGGGUGGAGGUACCGUAAAGGGUACAGGAAGACCCACGAAAGCUGGAGACUUUGACCAAGGAGAGGCCGGCGAAGGCCCAGAAGAUGUCGCUGCCAGACGAGCUCAGGACCGGGGCGGAGACGAUGAUGUACGGAGUAACGUCAAGAACGCAUAAGAUGGAACACAAAAGUAGCUUGGAUUAUAUCACUCAGGCAUCACUUGGAGUACUGUACAUACCAAGCAGGCUACCAGCCUAUAAACGAUGUCAA